CGACGUUGCAAGACCAGUCCAACGUCAACGGCUGCAAUCGGCGCUCUUUUUGUUGUUAUAUUCCUUUUAUUUAUAGCCCCUUGUUUAGUCCCUCCUGCUUCACAUUCCUGCUGUCUGCCUGCCUGCCCCUCGACGGUGGUGCAGUUGCGGCUCCAUGCAUUCCCCCUGUCGCUCGCCUGCCGCCGUCGCCCAUGUUGUAUAUUAGGAGUAUACACACCCCCUUGCCCGUCAAUGUCACGGCCACAGCCAUGGCGACUCUCGCCCAAAACGGCUUACAGCAAACGCCAGCCAAAGCCAUGGCAAUGCGCUCAACUGGUAUGAGGCUGGCUACACCUGCGCAGCCGCAUUUCGACAAGAUGGCGGCCAUCGCCAGCACUACUACUGCUACCACCACCACAGGCGUCAUGUCGCCCGUCAACCAAGACGGCUGCUUCGAGUUCGACCGCAUCAUCAAGGCUGGCACUGUGGUGAAGCGUACGCGCAAGACCAAGUCGUGGAAGCCCAUCUACGUGGUCCUGCGCCCAAACUGCCUCUCGAUAUACAGGGACAAGGACGAGACGAAGCUGCGGCACCAGAUCAACCUCUCGGAAAUCACCGCCGUCGCCCGCCAGAGAGACUCGAAGAAAAAAAUGGACCACGUCUUCGCCAUCUUCUCGCCCGCGCGCAACUAUCACCUCGGCGCUUCCUCCGACAAGGAAGCACAAGACUGGGUAGACCUGAUACGCACAGAGGCGCGCAUCGAUGAGGACGAGGGAGAGCCGCAACUCAUGAGCCCUGUGUCCGGCUCCAAGUCCAAGACCUUCGCCGGCUUGAACAGGUCUGCCAUGGAGAAUAUUGCCUCCAGCUCGUCCGAGGCUGAGCCCCGACCCUCGAGCUCCAUGGCGCCAGAAAACAUGCACAGCGCGCGACGGCCUUCACAAGCCCUCAACUACUCUGGCAACGAGCGGGGCUCCAUCUCAGACUUUGACUUCUCCGACACUGGCUUCCAGGGCUCCGCCAAUUCCCUACCCCCCAAGAGCUCGCAGCAGAAGCGCAAUGUCAGCCAGCAAAGCAACAUUGACUCGACGCCCGACGACGAGCGCGUAGUCUACCACGGCUGGCUGUACGUGCUCAAGUCCAAACGCGGCGUGCGCCAGUGGAAGAAGGUCUGGCUAGUCCUACGACCCAAGUGCCUGGCCUUCUACAAGAACGACCAGGAAUACUCCGCCAGCCUCAUCAUACCCUUUUCGAGCAUCAUCGAUGCCGUCGACAUCGACUCGGUGUCGAGAAGCAAGCAAUACUGCAUGCAAGUCAUAUCCGACGAGAAAAACUUCAAGUUCUGCGCGGCAGACGAAAACGCCCUGGCCAAAUGCCUCGGAGCUUUCAAGAGCUUGCUGGCCAAGAAAAAGGAUGCUGGACAGAAGCGCGUGCUCCAGACAGCUCCAGACACGGGCAAUGGGCAACCAACGCAGCAGCAACCUGCGGUGCCUUCUUCCACUACCACGUCUGCGCCGGCGUAGCAACCUGAGGUCUAGCCAUCGAAAUAAUAACCACAGUCAUCCCCUUGGUCCACCUUGACUCAUUUGUACAUACGCCUCUCUCGUCCGCCUUGACGACGAGCACCACUACCAACCACUAAUCACAACCAGCCCGUCCAUCGACUUUCCUUCCUAACCAUCACCACCAAUUCGUCCAUAACGAUGCAUCACGAUUUACGACUUCCCAUCUUACUGCCCUUUGACGGGUCCCUUUGAUACCUUUGUUUGGAUACAUGCUUGGAAAGUAGUUUAGUAUGUUAUAGUAGUGUCGUUGUAAUAUUGCCGCCCUUGAGCAGGGCUUAAGUGGAAGCUUAUCGAAUGCAGAGUUGUUUCUUCCGCUUCCGUCUUUUUGAUCUGAUGGUUUCUAUAUCAA